CGCGCCAAGUGGGUAUGAAUAAAAAGCAGAGAUGAUGCUCAAGUCUUUUGAAGAGGAAGAUUCAUGGGGCAGUAAAGACAUCCAGCGGAUGAUGAAGUUGACACUGGCAGACACGCAUAGUCUGGUAGAGGAGGUAAGAACAAUAAAGGAAGAGCCAGAUCAGGUAGAGAAACACGAGGAAUUGAUGGGAGGGAUGUAUCUCCUCGUCAAUACGCUUCUGCAAGGAGACUUUCAUCGGAUAGGUUCGUUGAAUCUGGUUGAGAAUGAGGAUGUGGCGCCGGAGAGCCAGGAUGACAAGUUUGAGAAGGGGGAGAUCAAAGAGGCAUUCCGUGCAGAGGAGUAUGAUGGAAUCUACCUGGAACGGGGACUUCUCCUAUCGUACGAAAUGCGGAAUAGAGAUGCUAGCGAUAGGGCCCAAAGGAUAAUGCCACGCUACUUGGUCAGAGACAUGACUCGGGAUUGGGAGAGCUGCAGGGCCCACUUGAGAGAGGCAUUUCGACGGUCAGAGCUGCCUCAGCCCAGAGUUGAGAGACGCCAGAGGAGCAAGAGGCAGAGGGACCCUGAGCCCAGAGAGACCAGACCAUCUCGAGGGGGACGAAAGACACUUGCCAGGCGUGAGGAAGAGUUGGUGCCCGAGACUGAGGAGCGAGGGGCAUACCCCGAGUGUGGAUUAGGGUCGGUGGAGUUCCAUCGCUUUAUUGAGGGAGGACUGGGAGGAUCUCCGCAGCGCGCACGGGAGGAGAUACCAACCUCUGGAGAGCCUCUGCAGGAGUUGGAGGCACACAUGGAUGUCUCGCAGUGGUGGGUACCACCGACGAGCGAGGGACGUGACGAGCCGGCGGAAGAGGUGCCACGAGAGGAGGUUCAGAACCCUGAGCAAGAAAGGAGGCCAAGUCCUGAGAGGGGACAUGUUGUAACGGAGGUGAUAGAGGCUGGGGAGGAUACUCCCCCUCAGACACCGACGUGGGAUUGAGACUGGGGAGUACGCCAGAGGGCACACAUGGCAGUGAGGAGGGAUCACAGUGAGAGGGGAUCCCACUACCACCACCAAAGACGGUC